CUUAAUGAUCAGAAAUCAUCUGACAAGCAAUACGUUUACCUCAAAGCUAGCUCUAAUACCCCAGGAUUUCAAUUCAACAACGAAAUCAAAAUACUUGUCAGUUAUAGAAAUGCCAUGGUUUUCAUUCAAACUGAUAAACCGAUCUAUAAUCCAGGACAAGUUGUUUAUCUACGAGUAAUUCCUUUGAGUGUCAAUUUAAAAUCAUCCGCGGAUAAUGUUACAAUUGAAGUAUCGAAUCCGCAAGGAAUUCGUGUUUAUCGUUGGAGAAAUCUUAACACAAAAGAUGGUUUUUUCUCUCGUCGCCUGGAUUUGUCAAAAAAUGCAUUGACUGGUUUAUGGACUAUCACCGCUUUAUACGGUCAUUCAGUACGUCAUGUAACACUCACCAUUCGCUGUUUAAACUUUCACGGAAAGUUCUGCCGACCUUCUCGAUAAAAAACAAAGGACCAUCUUACAUCUUGGAUAGUGAUGCGUCUAUUGCUCUAAAAAUAGCUUCAAAGUACACUUAUGGUGAAAAUGUAAUCGGUUCACUUCAAGUCAUACUUGGUGUUCUUGAUGCGGGUGGAAAUGCUGAACGUUUCAGUACAUCUUUUCACACUCUGGCGAAUGGUGAAGCUGACGUGAGUGUACCUACAGACCUAGUUAAGAGUCAUCCUAAGAUUGCUUGGUUUCCAGAAGGCAAACGUUUGUUUAUCGAGGCAAAGGUCAUAGAAAAAGCGACGGGUCAUGAAGAGACCGCUUACCACAACAGUAUUUUCUUCACUAACUCUCCACUUACCGUCAGUUUCAAAAGAUCACCAAACUUUUUUAAACCCGGUGUCCCUUUCGAAGUCAAGGUUGAUGUUAGGCACAGGAAUGGUGAACCAGCUGACAACAUUCCUAUUGAGAUAGAAGCUCAAACGGACCAAGGAGUUGCUGUUUCAGAGAGUGCAGCAAAUGGGAAUGUGAAUUCGGAUAGGAGCACCGAGCUUGGUCAUGGAAGAUUUGUUAUUGAUGUCCCAAGAACAUUUACUAUCGUUCAUCUUAACAUUAGGGUUCGUGCGAAGAUCAGUUAUAUGGAAAAUGAAAUUGUUUCUGAAGGGCGUUUCGUGCCAAAAAUGCACAGAUCCAAUGCACAUAACUAUUUGUUUGUUCGACUUGUUAAAAAAGGAAAGGUUGGGCAAUCUGUCGAUGCCGUGGCGUUCGUUGUUUCAAGCAGUGCUCCAAGCCCUUUGACAUAUCUAGUUGUUGCAAACGGUCAUAUAGUCACACAAGGCUCGAUUGAUCAUCAGAUUGGAGUACUCACAACAAUCACGAUAAGAGUUACAGCAGACAUGUCACCACAAGCAAGAUUUAUUGCUUUUUACCGAGUCAACAACGAACUAGUCGCUGAUAGCGCUGUCAUAGAGGUCGAAGAGCCAACUACCAAAUCAGGUGUCUUUCCUCGGUGAUGCACGUCCUCAGAAAUAUCCAGGCGAAUCAUACCAAAUAGAAACUCAAAGUAGUCCUCAUUCUAAUGUUGGUUUACUAGCCGUUGAUCAAAGUGCUUAUUUACUACGUAAUGACAAACAUCUCACUAGCAAAGAGGGAUCUCUUGAGAUGAAAAUCUAUAACCGAUUAAAAAAAUUGCAGAGAAAGAGAUCUAACUCGCCUGUUACCAAUGUCUCGUAAACUAAAGGCAAAACAACAAAGAAAAGAACAGUCACUGUUGGACGAACGUUCCCGAGCCGAGCGAAAGUGAAGAUCUUACAGCAGUGGUAUCAAAAAUAAAAAGAAGUGGCAGUCAGCUAAAAAGGAUCAUGAAAAAAUUCAGGAGUUGAUGGCUGCUUGCUAUGCUUCAAAGAGAUCACUUGUCUUGGAAGACGUCAGAAGAAUAGUGGAAGUUGUUGAAAUGUUCCCUCCUUUAAAAAAUCUGCUAUACGUUAGUAGCUAGUAGUAUUUUUAUCCCAUAAUAAACAUUUAUGGCAUUAAGCUGUCCUUAAUUGCAAAUUUUCACUCUGAUAA